AAUAAGUGAACAGCACAAGUUACUGUUUGGACGCAUGGAGAACUCAUAGGCUAUUGUAUAAUUACUAGAGUUGUAGCCUACAAUCAUCGAUUUUUAAAUGUAAACAUUAGAGUAGGCCUACAUUGUAGGCUAGCCCACAUUUAUGAAAUCAUAACUAAUUUGUGGUGUUCUGGCAAAGAUGACGACCUCCAAUGAGAGUCCUCCAAUUUCAGUAGUCUGUGUAAAUUAAACUGUAGCCUAACUAUAUGAGGUUACAGUCACUUGGCAACCCAACUUUUCGCGACAUAUCAACAGGUAGGGUACAGUUACAUUUACAGAGCUGAGCGCCGAGGAGCAGAAGGGUUGUAAAGCUAGUUUGCUCAGGUCCAGUCAAUGGCAUUGCAGCUGCUGCUACUCAGCAACGAUACGAGGAAUUGGAACGUAUCAAUUUCUCAAUUGCUUACAUCAGGUGAAAAAUAUCAGCUUAGCCCUGUUCCGUGUCUUACACUUUUUCCACAUGCAGGUUUUAGCUGGAGACAACUGUUAACAUUAACUUUGUGUUGACAGUUCAGCAUGCAUCAGACAGAAGCUGGUUAAUAUAAGAAUUUAUUUUACUUUAGGAGAGCUAAAAGCUUAGAUUGUUGGUAGGGAUAUUCUUUAGCCUGAUCCUCUAUUAUUUAAAGUGAAAAGAUUACAAGAACAGGUUGCAAUAUUGGCACUACUAAAUUGCAGUUACUGCUACCUGAAAGUAUGGAUUAAAUUGUGAAAAUUAAAGUGGUUCUUAACCUGGCUCUGCUCCCCACCCCAUCUUCCAUCUGUAACUGUUCUAUCCUCACCAGUGACUAGAAUAGCUGACAGCAUCUGAUGCUAAUCAAGGGCAUUCAUUACACUGACUGCAAUUAGUUCCUGGAUAAAUGGAUAGAUAUAGAUGAUGGGUGGAGCAGCUCAGUCGUAUGGUCGAUUGGAAAGUAGAAACUACUGAGUAGGCUUUUUGGCUUUAAUUUAAAAUAAUAAGUCCCAAACCAGUCAAACUAAAUUCCAACAGUUGGAACACAUUUGACAUUGCAUGGACAAGAAAGAAAGAAAUACUCAAGCAGGAAAUACAAUCAUUAAACAUAGAUCAGAAUCACAUAGAUCAGAAUCAGCUCUGGAUGGACCUUGUUAGAAUUUAGACAAAAUCUCUUUGAUGACUAGCCAACAUAGUAGUAAAACACAGUAAGACAUAGUUUGGGUAUUCUGAAUUAUUGUCUGUGUGUGUGUAAAACGUACUAUACUUGUUUUAGUCUAAAUUACUGACAAAUGUCAGGCAUUACAGUGUAAUUUAGUUAUAUCUAUCUUUAAUUAUAUAUUAACAAUUAGCACCAAGUACAUAGGCCACCCAAGGAGAUAUAUGAACCUGAUCUAAAAUCUUACUGGUAGCCUGCUAUAAAUUGUUUCCCCAAAUUACAGUUUUUUGCCAAUGGCUUACACACUUUUUGUAUAAUAAGCCUCAUUGUGUCAAAACUCACAAGCCACAUAAGAGAGCACUUGGAGAUAAACAACUCACAUCUGUGUCAAAAUGAAACUCUGCAAUCGACACCUAACAAUUCUUUUUCAAAAUGUCAUUCUUGCAACAAAAUGAUACACACAUUCACCAUUUGAAUUACUCUUUCAAGUCAACUACAACACACUGAUGUGCUUUAUGUAAAACAUUGCAAUCUUUACUAUCUGUAUUGGAAUUUUCUCAGAGAGUCUUAUGUGAAACUCCAAAAUAGAAAUGCUCCAAUAAUCAUUUUACAGUUGUUCUUCUAACAAUUUAUUUAUUCAUCCUUUAUUUUAGCAGGUGAGUCCCAUUGAGAUCUUACAUCUCCUUUUCAAGGGAAACCUGGGCCUGCAAAAUCAAAAAUACACUAUUGCAAGUUUUACUAGACUAUUUUUGAACAAUGUGUCUAAUGUAAGGGACAGGAACAGUGUGUGCUUUGCCGUAAGCAUGUUACAGAAUCGCAAAAAAAGUGCAAAGCAGAAUAUGGUAUGGUUACACUGUGUUUAAGAUAUGGUUACACUGUGUUUAAGGUAUGGUUACACUGUGUUUAAGAUAUGGUUACACUGUGUUUAAGGUAUGGUUACAAGAAGUUUAGGUUUUGAGCCUUUGGUCUAAGCAUUCAUUUUUAGUGUGUAAGCAAUUGGCAAAUAUUGUAAAACUUCUAUGAAAUUAGGCCUGGAAUUUGUCUUUAAACUAGAUGCUAAGAAUGUGUAAGGUAUUUCAUAGUAGUUAUAAUCUUCGAGAACACACCAUAUCAACUUUGCAUAGGCUGAAUAUUUGAUUUACCAGCAACAGCAGCCUGCAAAGUAAAGGGUUACCAAACUACCCCCUGCCCAGUAUAAUAAAAACAAUAGACAACAAUGCUAUUAUUAUUAUUAAGAAUGGAUGCAUUAUACAGCAUUCUGAAAAAUGCCAGCUAUGGCUCCUAUGUAGACAUAGCCUGUCUGUAUGCAAUAUAAAAUAUACAGUACACAAUGUUCUCACUAUGUCUAUUGAACAAGUAGUGUGAAUGCUGUCUGUGCAGCUAAAUCCAUGCUCAUAAACACAAUGAAUUUUAGUCUGCACCAGGGCACUGUGAAGACAGCAGAAACCAAAUGGUGACAAUUUAAUGGUGCGUAAAAGGUGAUUAAGGCCGGUUAGCCACAACACAUGGAGAACUCACUGACCUCUGCACAGACACGCACACACACACACACACACUACUGUCAUACACAUUACUCUUAUACACACACACACACACACACACACACACACACACACACACACACACAAACACAUUCACAUUAUGCGCACACAUAUUUACAUUACACACACACACACACACGUCCGCCCACUGCCCUCUCCUACUGUCGACACACUUGUCUGCAUCCCUUCCCCUCCAGUGACCUCAGGAUGUCAGGGCUGAAAGCCUGUCCACAAUCGGCUGUGCCUGCAGCAAUAUGUGGUGUCCUUAGGGCACUGCUUCCAUAGGCCUCUAGUGGGGACUCUGUUAUUAGAUGAGACCAGCCGUGGUGUUUGGACCAUAAACAAAGUUACUCUCAGAUUAGGGGAAGGCAUGUUACACUCGGGGUCUCCUGAACUGACAGUACAAACACACGCUGAAAUGUGUGAAUAGGUUGGAGAGUGGCAUGUGUGUAUGUUUUGUUUUCAUUGUUCGAAGUCUCAAUGAAGGGAAGGAGAGGUGUGGAGAAUGGAGGAGGACUGGGGCAGGAAGCAGUGUGAUUCAGAGAAAGGAAAAUAGAUUUUUUCCAAGAGGAAAUGCUGGGCUUCCAGCCACACAGAAAGUUCACCCAGAAAGUCAUCCUCUCAGGGAUCAUAGGCCUCACAACAUGGAGACGACCGAUGCUCCUAUUGAUGAACCUGUUUGUCCUACUGUCGGUGGUCUGUGUCCUACUCAACCUGGCCGGCUUCAUCCUAUGCUGUCAGGGAGCACAGCUGGUUUCCACCAUGACAAACUGCCAGCUGAGUGAGCUUGGUGACAUCUGCAACUGUUGUGCUGAAACUCCGAUUACAAAGUGCGAGGAGGAGAAAAUGCUGAAAAUUUACCCGGGCUACUCAUGCAACACGAUGCGGGUGCUUCUUAAGAAAGUUCUCUUUGCGCUGUGUGCCUUGAAUGCUGUGACCACGGCAGUGUGCCUGGUAGCUGCGGCACUUCGAUACCUCCAGAUCUUCAGUGCCAGGCGGCCCUGCAUGGAGGAACCGCGGGGAGCUGUGGAGGAUGCCGAAGAGCCAGCCCGGCCACCCGACCCAGACGAGUUUGUGCCCCCAGCGCCACCCCCGUCCUAUUUCUCCACCUUCUACUCCUACACCCCGCGGCUGGCUCGCAGAAUGUUUGGUGACAGUGUGAUCCCCCUGCCUCAUAUAUAUGGCGCACGGAUCAAAGGGGUGGAGGUCUUCUGUCCUCUGGACCCUCCUCCUCCAUAUGAGUCAGUUCCUGGAGUAUCCAACCCCUCCACCGCCCAGGAGACAGAGAUCCAGAUGACAGAUCUGACCGAUGGAGUGAGGGACCACUCAGAGGCGGCGGCGUCCAUCACUGACAGCUGCCUGCAAACGGCGACUUCCUCAGUGGCGGCGGCCACAGCAGCGCCAGCGACCCAGACCAGUAGGAGAGCCCACAAGCUCCGCAGGUCCAACAGUGACCCGGUGCUUUUGGACCUGGCCGCUAAAGUGUUAAGCUGCGAGGCGGCCACCCAGACGGACACAGGGACGGCCUCUGAGCAGGCGGCCUCGGGCGCGGCCAGGGUAACACUGCGGCGGGGCCGGGGUCCUCGGCGGCCGCGGCCCACCUCCAUGGUGGACUACCAGAGCUACCGCGACACCAAGCUGCUGGUGGCGCGCUUCCUGGAGCACUCGUCCUCGUGGAGUAGGCUGGAGCCCGAGGUGCAGGAGCUGGUCAACAGCAUCAAGAGCAUGCUGCGCUCCGACGAAGAGCACAUGGAGGAGGCGGUCCGCUGCGCCAGCUUCAUAGACCAGGUCAUCACCGGGUCAGAAGCCACGACCUCGCAGCCUGCCCCGUCACUCCAGCCAGCUGCCCUGGAGGUGGCCCCUGCGCCGGAGCCCUUGGCCCAGACGCUCCCGCGCAGGAAGCGGCCAGGCCAGCUGCACCUGCGCAGCUGCGGGGACCUGAGCACCUUCACCUGGGCCGAGCUGCAGCUGGGGGUGGGCACGGUGCGCAGGGGGGUCACCGGGGAGCGCCGGCCCGGGUCUCGCACCGCCAGCUCGCGACUGGGCUCCCGGGCAGGCAGCUCCCGACUUGGGGAGCACGACAGGCCGCACAGCCUGAUUGGGGUGUUCCGGGAAACCGUGCUGUGAGUGGCGCCACCACCUGAAACCCACCAGAACCCAAUCCAAUCCAACCCAAAGGCCACUCACCCCCAUGGCCUGUCUUGACCUUUCACCCCAUGCCUCUCUCUCGUUGCCCCAUGGCAACAACAGACAGUUUUGUACUUAAAAGACUCAUACCUGAGGGAGCACAUGUCUCCUUGGACAAGAUUAAGUUUUUAAAGUUUUUUUUUUUUUUUUUUUUUUUUGAAGUUUGAUUUGUUUUUGUUAUCUCUGCCAAGAAGGUUAUGUUUUUGGUGUUGUUUGUUUCUUUGUCUGUCUGGCUGUCAGCAGGAUUAUGGAAAAAACUACUGGCCUGAUUUUCAUGGAAGCCUUCCACUGGAAGGAAGUAGCAUGGGCCAAGGAAGAACCUUUUAAAUUACAGGGCAGGCACAUCAUUUAGUUUUCACUUUCAUUAACAUUAUGAGGAAGGCCAUAUGGCCUUGGCUGAUGUGAGCACUCAUUGUCUGCCCCUCUAGUUUGACUCUGUGUUAAGUAACUUCAGUUUAACUCACUUCCCUUUCAGAUGUGAUUUAGAAGUAGAAUGAGAAGGACGUCAGAAAAUGUUUGAGCAAUUCAUCUUUCCUCUUACCUAAAUUAAGACAGAAAUACAGGCAUGUAAUCCCAGAUAACAGAUGGCCACACCGUUGUUAUCUCCACUGAGCUGGGAUGUUCGUUGACCAAGUCAGUGCCUUUUCACUACUGUUUCUGUUCUAGUUUCUGUGAUAUGUUCUGCCUUGUACACCUACUGUAAGUGCAUUGUGUCGUGUAUGAAUGAUUUGUUUUUAAACAUCAAGAAGUGUCAAGAAAGUAAGUGUAGCAGAAGAAUGGUAGACGUUCUGUGAAGUAUUGCCUAGCAUUGCAAUUAGUUUAUGUUUGUUUAUAUCACUUAUGGUUUAACAACAAAAAGUGUUUUGGCAUUGAUUACACACUGAAAUUGCAAUGUCCCAUCUCCUUUAGUGUUUCAGGCCACUACUGGUUGAAUACUCAGAUAACUAUACAGAUGUAAUACAAUAAUUCAGAGGCUUGAUGAGGAAAAGUGCUGACAAUCAAACAGGAGUUAAUAAAUUGUACAGUUGAAAAAGUGGUAAGUUGAA